UGCCACCACCAGAGUUCCCCACCACAUUUUGGCGAUUGACAUAUCCCCCAUGGCCUCAGGGCCUCACUAGUCACAACUGAGCUGUAAUCAAAGCAGACACACAGGUCGAACUUUAUUAUCCAACACUCGAUACCAGCAGCAGGAACAGCCACAGGUCCUCUGAAAGUACAGCAUACGGGAAAGAGCUGUAAGUUUGAAAACAGAUCUACAGGCGGCAGACACACCGUGACCUCUCCUCAGCUUGGAGCUUCACAGUUGCAGCAAAGAUGAUUGUUUCCUCUUUGGAUGUAAAGUUGAAAUCCUGGGAUUUUUUUUGUGCUAGCGCAAAAAACUGAUGCCGAUGACCUAACGGAGGUUUUGGGAAUCUCUCAGGUAGGACUCACCUAACCCAUUCUACUUCUUUUGUUACUUUAGCUUUCUGUCGUCACACAUGGUUAUUGACUGGGGUCAGCAAAGUUUGCUUUGGCUCAACGGACUUCCACUGCAGCAACAAGAAUUCAAUAACUUGAUGAAACUCCAUUAAAAAGUUAGAGCUGCAAUCUUAAAAGAGAUAAAAGAAAUCUAGGUCUUAGUCAUGAUAAGAGACAGCCUCGAACAGCCUCCUUUGUCAAAAACAGCUAAGUUUACUUUGAAUUAAAUGGAUGAAACCCUCAAAAGGAAUCUUUAAUGUGUUUUUGUUGCUUUUGAAGCAGAUGACCACGUACCCAACCAGGUAACAAUUUGAAAGUCAUUUUUGAUCAUGUCAUAUUUUUAUGCUCAAUUGAAGUUGAUUAUUUUUACCCAGCAUGAGUCACGACUCAUUUUAACAGCAGGAAAGCUACUUUUAAUCAUUUUUGAUCAAAAUAAAAACAGAAGACAGCUUCAAACUUGUUAAAUUGCUUGAAUGAGUGUUAUCUGAACAUGAAAAACACUUAGCCAGUGUUUUUUUAUCUAUCAACAUUCUCAGAGACUGUAGGCCUAAGAUGGGAAGGCAUAAAUAUUAAAUUAUGAGGAGAAAUUGCAGAUGAUCAUGAAUAAAUCAAAUUUUAAGUAUAAUUAGUACAGCAGGGUUGCAUGUGUGUGAUUAAGCUACCAGAAUAGCUGCACAAUGAGAAAUUAUAGCUUGACCCUGCUGUCCUCUGAGCUGAAAUGUCCAGAAAAUAUCUUGAUUGAGUCGAGAAUAUCUUUCCUUUACUCUGGAAAUGGUUGGAAAUUCUGGGUCAGUCAAUAUCUGCUAAUCAUUAUCAGCUUCCUCUGUGACCAUGUUAUUCUACUCUGACAGGAAGUGAUGGAUAAUUAGCAGCAGUGAAUGACUCUUAUAAUUAAUAGAACCUUAAUACAUGGCUUUGGCAGUGAUAGUGCGUUACAGCUCGUGUUCACAGUUUUCACUCACCUCAGAGUGACCCUCAGGUGUAGACUUUGAAACAGAGUAUGAGAGUCAUGAUUAAAAUUCACAGAGCGGUUUACACAAUAAUGAACGACAUUGCAUCACCUGCUCUUAAAUUUGAUGGUCUUCAAACGACAUUGAACGUAUGAAUGCACCCGAAUGGCUCAAUAUAACUUUUGAUUGACCAAAUGAUGAACAACCAACUCAUAAUUCUACUUUAAUAGCAUUUAAUUGUCAAAAACAGGGGAGUUACAUUGAGGUUUUAAACUGAAGCAACCUUUCUGCUAACUUGUUAAUUGUUGUAAAAACAGCUGAUGCUAACUGCAGUACUUCCUAACCAGCACUGUCAUUAAAAGGUGUUACAUAACACCGUAGAAAUGACAUAACUUCUCAUAAGCUACAAGUAACGUUAGCUAACUAAAGGUAAUGUUGGAUUAACACGGGACCUAGCUUACUGUGUCAAAUCAGUUGUCAGAUUUGUUGAAAUUAACUUUAAAACUGCAAAACUUUAACGAUCUGUUGCCUUUUUGGCUGCUGAUCGAUUAGAAAUAUAAAUAUAAUAGUUUUGAAUUUUCAACACAAACCAAUAAAUUUUGUACAGUAGCAUUCCGUAGAUAAAAAUCGAGACGUGUCGAGACGGAACUGACCUAAACCUAUAUGAGUGCUGAGAGAAACAGCCUUGAUAGGAGGUAUAAAGAGGACAGACACUUAAUUUAGCUGUCUGUCAAACAUACUCGUAUUUCCAGAGCCUGAACCAGCCAGAGUCGGCUAACCAAAGAUCGUAGCUGAAAGAUAAGGCAUUCAGCUAAACAACCGAGUUGGACUGCUGCUACAAACCCGCCAUUCAUGAGCAGAGUUAGUUUUAACAUUAGUCCCAACUAACUUGAAUUAACUGAGAGAUACAACGGGACAUUUAAACAUUAUUCCUCAGUCUUAAACUACGCUACUUUCCCAAGCAACUUUUACUUCAGAAUCAGUCCCCAGAUGUGAGAACUUCAGAUUCCUGCUUGUCUGAAACUCCUGUGUUUGUUGGAGAAGCAAACAAAACCUAAUAUUUAAGGGGAAUUUAUACUAACAUGCAUAUACAGUCAAGUUUUAGUACCAUAGACACAACAUCAUUCAUAAUCAACUUGUCAAAGAGCGAAAGUUAGCAAAGACUCAUUCAGGCUGUAGUCUUCUUACUUUUUAUUGUCGAAAACAAAGCUGUUUCACCAGGUGCCCUGCAGGUCUGAAGCACCAGCUGACAUCACAUUAUUUUGUAUUUGCAGCGUGUUGUAGUUUAUGCACAUCUUUCUUUUUAAUCAUUUAAGCAUUUGCAACAAGUUUCUCCCAAUGACGAUUUCUGCAGAGUGUUGCAGAAUGAGCAAAAGUUUAUACGAUGGAUGUGAGUAACUUGCAAAUGAAAUAUCUUUAGUUGUUUCAAGAAAAAUAUAUCCUAUUUGGAAUCAGAUGGGAUAAAUGUCAAGUGUUAACAUUAUGCUAACUAGUGAGGGAAAAGGACACACUCACUCAGUGACUUAAUUUGCCUGACCGAUAUCUGAACUUUCAAGGCAACAAAUUGAAGACACUCCCAUUUGCUCUGAUGCCAACCUACAGGCAUUAUUGAGUUCAUGAAAAAAACUCUACCAUUCAGGUUUGCUGUUACUUUAAGUCUAGAUUGUAACAUUUCCCUUCUGAUUUAUGUGCUGGUCUCUGGCAGUUUCAUCAUUGCUGAAGUUAAUAAAGGGUUAUAAAAGACCUCCAACAUUAGUCAAUUUUAAUAUGAGUUUAAUCCCCUCCAAACUGUUCUCUCCCCCUCUGCAGCUUUUCUGCACAUUCAGUGUCAGCACUUUGUCCUGAACCAGUCCAUUUAAGAACUCUGCUCAGUGAGAGAGACCCGGCACAGAAACACGUCCAAACCUGACACCAUUACAGGCUGUGAGGACCAAGUGACUUCUUGACCCCACUGCUCUGUAGUGGUCCCACCAUGGGGAAAACCGGACAGAGUACUGUAGACCUAAACUCCCCAACAGAGGUCAAACAAGCAGUUCCCUUUGAGGACCUGGACGCAGUGGCACCAUCUGCUGACGGAAAGAUUAAAGAAGAGCCCCCGGACAGAGGAAGCUGGAAAGGAAAGUUUGACUUUCUGCUGUCGUGUGUGGGAUAUGCCAUCGGCCUUGGGAAUGUCUGGAGGUUUCCUUACCUUUGCGGCAAGAAUGGUGGAGGUAAAAAAAAGUCUAAAAGUUGAAACAUAUCUACCAUGUUUGGAUGAAAUAGUGUACAAUCUCUGACCCACUCAGUCAUCCAGUUACCAUCAAUGUAGAUUAAAAGUGUUUCCGCUGUUAUUUAAAUCCCCUGAUACCAACACUUGUAUUGACUCAGAAGCACAGACCACACAGAAAUUACAUAGUUAUGGAAAAGGAAAUAUCAGGGGGAUGACAAAACUAACUAGACGGUUUGAUUCUGGUCCUGUUUCUGGCAACGACUAUCAGCCCUACUUCCAGACUUUAUUGAUCUGCCUCAUACAUCACCGGGGGGUGGUUGCUGAGUGCCCAGUACCGUGGUGUAAGAGUUGGCAUGACAUUUAUUUGAAAACUUUGCUGUGAGAGAGAUGAUGAAGGCCUUGACAAAGCAUAGACCACUAGUCCAACAAGGCUUCCUCUUGACCUGAACAAGGUUUCUGAUUCCGAAUGACUUUUGUUGCUAGGUUAACAGUGUAGGCAAAUCCUCAAGGUCAUCUAGUUUGCAGUAACAGGUGUUGGAGUAAAACAACAAGGAUUGACAGUGUCUGUUGUAGAAGAACCCUCCCUCCCUCAGUAAUGAGUGGAUCUCUGGCAGACUUGCCUGUUUUCUUGACACGUGUGAAAACAAGGCAUAACCUUGAAAGAGUCUCCUCUUUCCAAUGUCAUCUAGUGGUCUUGUCUAGCCAUAGAGACUGUUUUUGAAUGUCUGCCAGCCCUGGUCUCUUCUAUACCUGGAUUUAAUCCUUGGACCCACGCUGCAUCCUAAGUCUGAGACCUGCCCAAGCCUGUAAAGCUAUCUGACCUGGGUACUUAAUGUCCUAGCUUCAUUGCUCUUUGAAGCAGGUAUAUUACACACUGUCAAGUUCAUAAUAACCAUGGCAUGAGGCCAAACUAAAGGCACAACCAAGUUUUACCUGCCUAUCACAGACCAGCACCUUCUUAAACUUUAACCCUGUUUAACGUAUUUUAAAUUCACCUCAUUACCUUUAUUAACCCCUUAUUUGGAGGCUAAUCUACCUUGUAUUGCCUAAAUAUAAUUUCCCCACUUUCAAAGAUGGGACUCCAUUGAGUUUUUCUUCCCCAAGGGAGGCAUAUCUGGAGGUAAGCCUCGAUCCCUCUUCCUGAAUGAAGCAUCUCUAAGAAAGCUCCAGCUCCCUGAUGUUCCCUUUGGUGUGGGACUGUUUUUCCCCCAUCUACAUAUUUUCCAAUUGCAAAAGUUUGCUGUCUACUUUUCAAAAGACUCUCUGUUUCCUCGAAGCUGAUAACCCACUUCUGAGGUCACGAAAGCACUGUUUGGGGCUCAGAGGUAAAUCUAUACCGAGGUGUGUAAAAUUGUUCCAACAGAAGAAAACUCUUGUUUACCGGAGCCUUGGGUUUGACUCCUACCUUCAACCUUUGCUGCUAAUCAUCCCCCUUUUUCUCUCUCCAAUGUUUCCCCCUUCAGUGAACCCAGUCUUUUACAAGCCAGUCAAUCUUUAUCAUGUUGCUUCAUAGACUUUACUUGAUCUGGAGCCAACAAAACUCCAGAAACUCAAACAUCAUGUUCCUCCAUUUUGCUUUGUUACUCCUGGAUUUCUGUCCAUUAAAGCACUUUGUUGCAACUGGUAGGACUACAUUUACACUGAGUCACUUUUUCAUGGGUACUUUCAUCUGUGUGUUUGCAUAUUUUUCUACUUAAACCAUAGAAAAGAAGCUUUGCCAGCUUUGUUGAAUACUUUGGUCUCUUGCAGUCUCAAAGUAAAGUAACAUUUCAAACUGCCAAUAUUAGAAACAUUUAUAAGUAAAAAUAUAUGAUGUGUGUCCAUUUCAAGUGUUUUAGAUAGUUUUGCGGGUAUAAACUCCUUUCUGUCUGCUCAUGUUUUGAUUCUGGUCAAAUAGGGGCCUUCCUGAUCCCCUAUUUUUUGACCCUGGUGUUUGCUGGGAUCCCUCUCUUCUUCCUGGAGACGGCUCUGGGACAGUUCACCUCAGUUGGCGGGCUGGGAGUGUGGAAGCUCAUCCCUAUGAUGAAAGGUAAGAUGUGGAAUCUGAGAAAAAGAUAGUGACAGACAUACGAUUUAAAAUGUAAGCCUUUUAGAGGAACUGACAUGAUUGACUGUGUUGUUCAAAAGUGGUCUGUCUUGGCACUUCUUUUACAAAAUUUAAAGUGAAUAAUAUUUUAACUAUUUCUCUCCAGCUCAGCCUUUUACUCCUCUAAAUUCCUUUUUCACUAACAAUCCUAUAGAAAUUUUGUUAGUGUUAGCAUUUUGGUACAAAUGAUAGUGAUAGUGUUAUGUUUUUCACCUAGGGGGUUGAGAAAUGCGGAUCAUUAUGAAAUGAUACAAUGAUAAUUGAUAAAAUAUGAUAUAAUAAGAUAUGAUACAAAGAGAUUUGAUUCUGUAUGUUACGAUACAAUAGAAUGAGAUACAAUAUGAUGAGCUUUGAUAUGGUGUGAUACAAUAUAAUACAAUACAUUAUGAUGCACUAUGAUACGGUAUUAUACAAAGAGAUUCGAUGAGAUUGAUACAAAAUAAUGAGAUAUAAGUUGAUAUGAUAUGAUAGGAAAGGAUGAUUUGGUACUGUACAAUUCGAUAUCAAACAAUAUUGCACGGUAUGAUACAAUGAGAUACAAUGAGAUUUGAUACCAUAUGAGGAAGUUUUAUAUAUGAUGUAGUACAGUAAGAUUUCAUGAUACAGUACAGCACAGUAUGCCAUGAUUUGAUGCAUGAUUUGAUUUGAUGUAAAAGAUUAAAUGAAAUAAAACAAUAGGAUAUGAUGUGAUAUAAUAUGAUAACAUACAAGACAUUGUAAUACAAAACAAACAAAAACUGGUACAUUACUCACAAUAAUAUCAUGAUACAAUGAUUGUCUCCUGUUUUGCUUGAUUGCUUGUUAGUCCCAGUAAUAAUGUGCUGCUGUUUAAAUUAGGGGUGGGACUUGUACUAGGUCAUGGUAUGAUAUGAUACCAUUUAAUACGGAACAGUACACAGUACAACACAUUGCACCUGAUAAUGAUAUGGAGACAGAAAUCCUGCACUGACACUACAGAAGAAAUGACAAGCAAGCAUGAAGACACAACCAAAUCAGUGAUGAGGACGAUGAAAGUUUUAGCUAACAUGCAAACAAUGAAUGUCCUCCACCUUCUCUGUUUUUGUCCUUGAGCCCCUCUUCUGCUUUAAUAUGCAGGUUAGCUUACCAUAUGAAACACUUUGUGACUAUCUGCUGAUGUUUUUGCCUUUUCUCUCUCUUCAGGUGUUGGAAUAGCUGCAGUAGUCCUGUCCUUUUGGCUCAACAUUUACUAUAUCAUCAUUAUUGCCUGGGCACUCUACUACUUAUUCAACUCCUUUGGUUCGGUAUGUUUCAUAAUCAAUUGUAAGAAGUCAUAGAGAUGCAUUAUGGAUGUUCAUUUUUACUGCAACAGCACAGAGGUGCAUUCAUCCAGUUUUGGCUGUAACGUUGUACACAUCAAUAAUGAUGCUUUAUCUAAAAAUCCAAAUAAAAAGUUUCGUGCAGGAAAAACUGUGAGAUGUCAUAUUUUAGUGCCACAUGAGAAUAUUUUGUCUACCCGAUGUUUUGCUGUGCAGGAGCUGCCUUGGCAAAGCUGUGAUAACCCCUGGAAUACAGAGAAAUGUUUUUCCAACUACAGUCUGACAGACACCACCAACCUGACCAGCGCUGUCACCGAGUUCUGGGAGUAAGUCAGCCAGAUAUGAUCCUGUCAUACAGGAAGUGUGUGUUUACAUGAAUAUGUGGGCGUUGAAGCUAUUUCUGGAAGCUGUUUGUGGCUUACAUGCCUGUCUGAAUUCUGUGUGUUGGCGGUUUGUUCCUGUAGGCGAAACAUGCACCAGAUGUCAGGCGGUCUGGAGGAGCCAGGGGAGCUACGGUGGCCCUUAGUGGGCACUCUGGCGCUGGCAUGGGUCCUGGUUUACUUCUCAAUCUGGAAAGGAGUGGAGUGGACAGGGAAGGUCAGACACUCAGUGUAAUUUUUGCUCAUUUUCAUAAUAACAAUAGAAUAAAACAGCUGAUUCAAACAAGAGGACUUAGACUUAAAUAAGAGUGGUCAUCAAUUUAGCUUCAACUGACAAAGUAUAAAUCAAAAUGCUGGAAUUAAUUUUACUAAACUGGAGCUAAUUAAAAAGGAAAUAAUACAGUUUAGUCUCUUCUAGUCAUGCUACCAUGUGGGCCUGGCUAUUGAAGUAAAAGGAUGAUGCCUUACUGAAAAUCUGUGUUUAAAAUCUAUGUCCAAUGUAAAGUUGAACCCCGUCUUGUAAGAUCAGACCCACUCCCAUCCCAUCUUCAACCACACUAGUGUAGCACUUUGCAGCAUUUAGCAAGUUGGAGAGGUAAUUCCUCCUUUAACAGGCAGAAACCCUGAGCAGAACCAGACUCAUGUAAGGCAGCCAUCUGCCGCUACUGCAUUAGGAUUAGAGAGGGGAUAGAGGGAGAUGCAGGAAGAGAGAGACAGACAUAGGUGACACUGAUGCCUGUAGCUGAAGCAGCUGGAAAGCAGGCAGCAAAAUGUCUGCAACAUGUGAUUCAGAGGAACCUUUAGCAUGAUGGAGCUCAGGGACUCAUGGAAAAGUUACUUCAUGUGGUUCAAAUCUUGUCUCUCGGCAAAAUUUCUUUCUUAAGAUUUAAUAGAUUCAUUCAUUUUUUUCUUGAAAAUGACAUUAAAACAGGACAGACAGCAGUUUAAACUCUGUGUCCCAACAUUUUACUUGAGAAAGAAAAUGGAAACUUUAUAUACGUGUUUAAUGGAUUCCAAACUGCUGAAUUAUUCAGAGGUUUUUCAUGUUAAAAAAAAUCCUCUGCCUGCAUUGGGUUUUUAAAUCACAGCGAGGCGAUGAAAUAUAUGCAAGCAGAAACACUUUUACACAUUCGCACCCAGAGAUAAUUGGAUUUUAAUGUGUGUGUGAAAAAUGUAUUCCCAGAGGCCCUGGCCCUGAUGGACAUUACCAAUUAAACAUAAUCAUUAUGCUACAGAAGAGCUGGCCACAUCCUUAAGGCUCUGGCAGGAUCUUUUGGCAAAGAACAGCUGUGGAAAUAUUCUCGUAGCUGGAAGAUUUUUCACUCUGUGCUCUGUGGCAACAAGGGAUUUGACUCGUAGUUAUGAAGCAGAAAAUAUAUGUGUGUUUCACUGCCUAAAAAUAAUUCAUCCCUCUUAAUUUCUACUAGGUGGUGUAUUUCUCAGCCACAUAUCCCUACUUCAUGCUUUUCAUCCUCUUCUUUCGUGGGGUCACUCUGCCUGGAGCCAUCGACGGCAUCCGUUUCUACAUUACCCCAGAUUUUAACAAGCUCAUUCGGUCUGAGGUAGACCGUUUCCUCUACGUAGUCACUCAUGUAUAAUCACAGACAAGCAGACAUGAAUAUGAAUAAUUACCUGCUAUCUGACAGGUGUGGCUGGAUGCAGCGACUCAGAUAUUCUUCUCCUAUGGUCUGGGCCUGGGCUCACUCAUCGCUCUGGGAAGCUACAACACCUACCACAAUGAUGUAUACAAGUAGGUGCAAGUGUUACCAUGCAGCUAUCCUUCAUACAUUCAUGCUUUUUCCCUCUCUAACAUGUUUAAUUUUUGUUUCUUUGCCCACAGGGAUUCCAUCAUUGUGUGCUGCAUUAACUCUUGCACCAGUAUGUUUGCUGGUUUUGUCAUCUUCUCCAUCGUAGGCUUCAUGUCCUAUAUCACAAAGAAACCUGUGCAGGAACUAGCAGCAUCAGGUACAAUCGCAAAGUGAUAUCUUGGUUGUGAAACUAGCAUGAGAGAGUGAGCCUUUGAAACAAAAUGAGUGUUGACAAAGUUCUAAUCAGAAGUUGGCCUCUUUCUGAUCUCUAAUGGUCAGUAAGAAGCAAAUGAAGAGUGCAAAGUCAAAUAAAAAAAAAAACUUAAGGUGCUUUUCUUUUCACUUUGUCUAUAUUGUACUGAAAAUAGGCCCUGCCAGUUCAUCAAAAUGCCAUCAGUGGGCAUAGGCCCUUGAUCAAUCUUGAAAGCGGGAUAAAGAUGUUUGAUAGUAUGCUUUAGUGGAUGUAUUAUAGUUUUGCAAUGCAGGAAAUACAGCAAAUGCUACGCAAGAGAAUUUUUUUACAAUAGUUUCAUAAUUGUAAGAUGAAAAUCCGAUAUCCGAAUACAAAACAACAACCCUUGAAAAGAGAACAGUUUUCUCAUGAAAAAGCAUAUUCAGCUAGUGAGUGGGAUUCUCAUGCCACUGUCGUUCAUAUGUUGGUUAUUUUGCAGCUGUUUGGUGAUGGAAUUUUUAAUCUAAACUUAUUUGACAGCUGCACUUACUCUACGAUGAAAAAAACUACCUAUAAAAAACAUUUAAUUCUUAUGUGUUUUUUUUGUCUGUAUGUGACAAUCAGGUCCUGGUCUGGCAUUUUUGGCAUAUCCUCAGGCUGUCACCCAGCUGCCCAUGUCUUCUCUAUGGGCCAUCCUCUUCUUCUCCAUGCUCAUGAUGCUUGGCCUUGACAGUCAGGUACAAACACAAACCGCAUCCCCAUACUUAUCUCCUCUUUGUGAUUAACUUGUAGGUUUCAGCUAAAAAUGCGUUGUGAUGUUGACAACACCACCAACAUUUUUAUUUUGUUAGUUACAUUUUUUAUUUCUAUUUAAGUGUACCCCGUCUCUUGAACCAAACUUGAACCCUUGGCCUGAGGUGAUGUAAUUUGAAGCAAAAGCUGAGAGCAACAACUUUAAAACAGAAAAACAUCACUUUUGGUUUUCAGAAGAUUGAUUUUUUUUUGCACUGCAAUCUUUUUGAAUGUUUUUCUCAAAUAAGAAUCUAUUGCUACACUGGCAACCAUUUUUACUUAUUAAAAUCAAUCAUUUUCAGCCUGUUAUAUGUUAUUAAAGUAUAAAUCUAAACUUUUCAGGCCAAUGUAGGCUAUAUUGUAGUGUAUUAUAUUAUCACUAUACUGUACACACCACCCUAUAUUUUUGUAUUUUAAACAUAGUUGCCCAGUUUUACAUUACCCUGAGGUGUUCUAUAUAUCAUCAUAACCUGACACUUUAUUUGAUAGAUAGAUAGAUAGAUAGAUAGAUAGAUAGAUAGAUAGAUAGAUAGAUAGAUAGAUAGAUACUUUAUUAAUUCCAGAGGGAAAUUCAAAAUUUGAUAUGUUAUAAAUUAAUAUUUAUAACAUUAUUAUGUAUCAUAUGUAGUAACUGUCCUACAUGACUCUUAUUUAUUCAAAUCUUUGUAAAAAAAAACAAAACUGUAUUUACAACAGAUUUUUUCUUGUUUAUUUGGAUUACAUUUUUUUCUACUCUUACUAUUAUUGUUUUCUAACUUGCUGACUAAGUAGGCAUUGCUGCAACAACUGAAUCUUUCCAUCGGGGAUCAAUAAAGUCUUAUCUUAUCUUAUCUUAACUAAUCUUAUCUUAUCUUAACUUAUCUUAUCUAAACCUAUCUAAACUUAACUAAAUGUAACUCAACUCAACUUUUAACUUAAUCAAACUAAACUUAGCUAAACUCAUCUUAACUAUGUACAAUUAAACUCAACUUAAUUUAAUUUCUAACUUUAUUCAGCUAAACUUAACCUAACCUGACUAAACUUAAUUAAACCUAACAAAACUCAACUCAAAAUAACUAAAUGCAACUAAACACAGCUCAACCUUUGAUGUAUCUUAUUUUAAGUGUACUUACUUUUUUUUUUUUUUUUUUUUUAAAGACCUUUUUCUGUAGUGUGUAUUUUUUCCAUGUAUGGUUGACAUUGUAACCAAAAAAAUUGUAAUAAAAUAUAAAGGAUGCUUAAUCAGUGUAUCACUUUUAAAUUAACCAGGUUUAGUUCACUUUGACCUUUGUCUUUUCACAUGUCAUGUGUUAGUUCUGUACAGUGGAAGGCUUCAUCACAGCACUGAUGGAUGAGUACCCAAUGCAUCUGAGAAAGAGGAAAAAGGUCUUUAUCCUCAUUGUCUGCCUCAUCUCCUUCAUCAUCGGCUUCUCCAACAUUACACAGGUAUGUUAACUGUAACUGGAGGAUGUGUGUGGUAUUAAAAAAAUUCCCAUGAGAGCAGUUUUGAAUUUGCGUAAGGAGUCCUUUCCCGCAUGUGACAAAAUGUUCCCACUAUAACCCGGGGUGUACAUGCGUCAUGCAUAUCUAAUUCAAUAAAGGAGGGGAUAUUGAUAUUCAGCAGAUAUGUGUGUCUAACUGUGUGUGCUGAACUCCCUCAGGGUGGUCUGUACGUGUUCAAGCUGUUUGAUUACUACUCCGCCAGCGGGAUGUGCCUUCUGUUUCUUGUCUUCUUCGAAACUGUUUCAAUAUCCUGGUUAUACGGUAAGAAAUCUAUUUAAGACCAUGUGUGUUUGAACCAAUGACUGGAUAAUAAGAUUCAAAGUGAGAGCAGCAGAGAAAAGUUGAUGAAAUCUGGAUAAAGAUGACUUAAUUAUGCCAAGUAACCAAAUGAAGUAAGCAUGUAAAUUUUCAACAGGAAAUUAAAUCUAUCAGCAGUAAUUUUUGAGAUAAGAUCCCCCCCAUCUGCUUUCCUGCUCUGUCGCCCCAUAAGCCUUUGUUCUCAUUACCAUUAUCUCUGCUGUAACACACACUCUUUUAUUGUCAUUACUUUUUUCUUUUGCUACAGGAGCGGAGAGGUUUUAUAAGAAUAUUGAGGACAUGAUUGGCUACAGGCCAUGUAGCUGGUGGAAGCUCUGCUGGUUGUUCUUCACGCCAAUGAUCUGCUUGGUAGGAGAGAAAUGAUUAUUGAUUUGACACUAUCGAUACGAGUCAAACUCUACCAUGUGCUGAGGAGAUCUAUGAACCAAUCAAGAAACGGCAACUGCCAAUCGAGAGUAUUGAUGACAUUGCUCUUCCAUGCGGUCAUUUGAACUGUUUGACCUCAGGGAAACCAAUGCCGGGCCUUUAACCUCAAUAGUAUGGUUAUGAAAUAAGUGUUCUGUUACCAGAAGAUAGAGAAAAGGGGGAUUGAGGCUAGUCUAGUUUGUAUUUGUUUGCUGGUAUUGAUGUUAUGUGUAUGUUAGCAUGUUGAAAUUUACAUUUUUUGAGAGUGCUGCUAUGUUCACUGCCACAGCUAACAGCUAGCUAUGCCUAGCAUGACUCGAGAUGUUCACUUAAGCAUUAAAGUGACUAUUUUUUCAAUGUUUUUAAGCAGAGUUUUGGCUUAUUGAACAAAUAGGACAGUAGAUACGUUGGGACAGGGUGGGAUGCCUUUCUGACUUUAAUCUUCAUUAGGGUGACCAUAUUCUGACUUCCCAAAAAGAGGACACAACUACGUGGGGGCGGAGUCACAGAGUCGCACAAAGUUAAUAUAGAGAGUUUUUUGGGUCAGAUCGAGUGUCUUCUAACUCACUAAGCCCACAUGACACAAAAUCGAAACCCUCGUACAAAACCACCAAAGCCGGACAGCCCCCAAAAAAGAGGACAUGUCCGUGUAAAAGAGGACGUAUGGUCACCCUACCGUCAUAUUCUGUGUGAGACCCACAAUUCGACAGCUAAACCAAACAAAACCCCACAUAAAUGUGGUUUUAGAGUGAUACAGGUCCACAAAAGGACAGAAUCAGUGUUUCUGGAUCUCAACAUGUUAUUAUCCAUCGAUUCAUUAAAACUGCUGCUUAAUAUUUUUACCUCAGGGGGUGUUUACCUUCAGUGCCAUUGAGAUGACCCCUCUGACCCUGGGGAAGUAUGUGUACCCAAUGUGGGGUCAAGUGAUCGGCUGGCUCAUGGCGUUGUCCUCUAUGGUACUGAUCCCGGGCUAUGUGUUCUUCAUGUUCUGCACCUCUAAAGGCAGUAUCAAACAGGUACAAACUUCCUCCAGUGAUUUAACAUUGAUUCUCUGCAUGUAUGUGAAGUUGACGAGAGAAAAACUGAAGAGUAAACUGAUAUGAAUUCGAGGCACAUACUGUAAAAAAAGCAGGUAUUAUUGGUGCACAGAAAAUCACAAAGAGAUGAAAUAAAUGAACUUAGCUUCAGGUCAACAUCUUCAUGCUGUCUUUUUAUAUUUGACAGGUAGGAGCAGCUUGUUAGAGCUGAUAUGUGCUGGUUUUGUCAUGAUCAGGGUCAAGUUAUCUUUAUCUUGUUAUUUCGUCUGUUUCAGAUUUGUUCAUUACCCCCAUUACUCGUGGCCAGUUCGUUGCACUUUUGUCACGUCCCAGCACUUUUCCUAGUAAUAACAGCCUUUGUUCUUGACCUUGUUAGUUUUCGACCUCACCUUUAGCCUAACGUUUUGGACACCUCUGCCUGUUAUUCUGCCUUACUGUGUACUGAACCUGGACUAUUAAUAAAUGUAUCUUUGGCCUGCUGAAACCUCAGUCUGUAGCCACAGUCAGUUCGUGACAGAACAAACUAACCAUGAAACUGUGAGACAUAAGGUUAGGUACAAAGGGUAAUGAGGGUAAUGGGAGACAGGUGGGGAGGAACAAUCAGGAGGCAGGUGUGACAAGACAGGGGCAGGGCAGACAGGAACACAUCUGAAACAGAGACAGGGGUUAGUGACUUCAAAAUAAAACACACAGGAGACAGAAGACAUGAAAUGAACAAAAUAAAGAUAACUUGACCCUGAUCAUGACAGGUUUCUGAUAUUGUUAGGCCAUAUAAAAUUCACCCUGCCUGAGAUGUCCCCUAGAUAAUGUAUAAUCUAAUCUAAUCUAAUCUAAUCUAAUCUAAAAGAAGGAUAGAUCAAGCGUAUCUAAAAGUCAAAUACAUGGCUCGUUCACAUGUAUGUAUACGUUGACCUAUAUAUAAUCAGCUCAUGCCAAUCUAAAUUGAUGUUAAUUCUCUUUGCUUGAGCAGCGUUGGCGGACGAUGACGACUUCCCGGGAGGACAGAAAACCAUCAGGGCAUGAAGAAUUUACUCGCUCUGGGAGCGUGGGCGAAGCUCCAGUCUAGCCUGGAUGGAAUAUUCCGAUGGCCGUUUCCCUCCCUGUCCAAAAUGAAAUUCAACUCUGAAACAGAUGGACGUUUGACUUUUCAUUCCUCCAUAUUUAAUUGUGCUUUUAAUUGUACAAAUGAGAGGAUGUGACUUUUAUACGAUAAAUUGAAUUCUACAGAUCAGCUUUGAACAUUUAUGCGUAUGACUUCAAGCUAGCUAUGUCAACUGUUUGUAAUCAACAUGUCCUAAAUGUUGUUGAACAAAGAUAUAAAAAAGACUGGUAUGACUUGAUUUAAGGCGUAAAACUGUAAAUGUAUAGACUUAUUUAUUUGUGAUGUUGUGGCUUUAACCCUUUGAUGCGCAACAUAUGCACACCCCUUCUAAUGCGC